CAGCACAUAAAUUAUGAGUCCGGGUCAUGACCAAGACCACUGAGCGCGUCUGACUGCUGGUAUCAACGCUACUUCUUCCCGGCCUAACAUCCCAGGAAUGUCUCGCAGCGCGACCUAGCAGGACAACAGGAGAGCCAAACGGAUCGUCUCUCUUACAUGUCCGGUCAUCAACCCCCUGCAAAGCAAUCAAGCAUACACAGGCCACUUCGACAAUGUAACAGCCGCUGCAGCGACUGUGAGGACCGGGUCUUUUCUAUCGGACACUCGGUAACAAAGAAGCAAGUAUGCAGAGAGAGCUAUCAAAAGGUUGUGGCUCUACUCCCCGGUCCUAAAGAACUCUCCCGCUACAUGCGGCGUCCGCGCCGCAGACUCGACAGGGAGUGCGUUCCCAAUAAGGCUUCUAUCAGCAGGCCUCCUUGCCUAAACAUUUACAAGGGCUGUGCAGUGGCGGGAGAAGACAAGGCGAAACAAAAUUCGAAGGGGGCCUUGACUUGGCUUAUAAUUAGCCACCCCCGUCUCUGUACGGCUUGCGGCAGAAGGACCCGGCAUGCUGGUUGCCUUACGAAAUUGUCAAAAAGGCGGUCAAGGGAGAAAACCUACAGCAUUUAUUCUACGAAGAGCCAUCUCAUCAGCUUCAAUUCCUCGAUUCUCACUCCCGACACUUACCCCCCGACGCUCUCUCUGUCUUCGCGGAAUUUGUCUCUCGCGCAAGGUCAACCCGACAAGCCCAAGCUCCUAAGUAAAGGAGCGGGUUGGCCGAGGAGCAGUGAGAGUACCGGCCUAGAUUUCUUUAUGCCAUUCCAGCAAGAGGAAAGUCUCUUUGGCUUGAAUAUCAGGCAUCGUGACUUCUGAGCACACCACACCCCCUGUCCUUGCAGGACUGUACCCCUUGGGGCGGCAACAUUCAUUCCAGGUGACACAAAGAGGGCUUUAGCCGAGAGGACUUCCACAUCAUGAAAAUUUGGCAGGCAGGAA